AUGUCGUCGUCUGUGUUCUACCGCUUCAAGAACAGCCGCGAGCCCGAACGCAUCACGUUCAACGGCACGGGCAUCAGCGUCUUUGAGCUCAAGCGGGAGAUCAUUAUCGCUUCCGGCCUCGGCGAUGGCAGCGACUUCAACCUCCUCAUGUACCCUGAGGACGACUUGAACAACGAAUACAAGGACGACACCAUCUUGAUCCCGCGAUCUGCAACCGUUGUCUGCCAGCGCAGGCCAGCACCACGCGGCCAGGGUCGCGCUGCUCGGUACAUCUCAGGCAAGGCGCCGGUCCGUGCUAUCACCAAGGACACGAGCAAGCCUGCCGCACCGCUUCCCUCGGGUACUGCUGCCGGUGGCGUACUGAGUGAGGCCGAUGCCGAAGCAGCCUUCUUAGCAGAGUCAGCACAGGUUUGGGAUGCGCAGAAGGAGUCGUUGUCACAUGUAAAGCCUACGUACAACAAGAAUAAAAAACCUGUGAAUGUUCCCAAUCACGACCCCCCUCCAGGUUAUGUUUGUCGCCGCUGCAACGUCAAGGGUCACUGGAUCCAAGCAUGUCCCACCAACGACGACCCCGACUUCAAGCCUGUCUUCCAAGCGAAGCGCACAACCGGUAUCCCGCGAUCAUUUCUCAAGACCGUUGAGAAGCCCGUCGACGAAGAAGCCGCCAAGGGCGUCAUGCUUAACGCCGAUGGCGAGUACGUGCAGGUCAUGACAGACACAAAGACAUGGGAGAAGUUCCAAGAGAAGGCCAACGCGUCAAAGGCACAGGCGGCCAGCGCAGAUGCAGCAAGCAAGGAGAUUCGAGAGCGGGGACUGGAGUGUCCGAUCGACAAGCGGAGGUUCGUUGAUCCGGUCAAAACACCCUGCUGUGGUAAGACAUACUGUCGCGAAUGCAUCGACAACGCACUCGCAGAUGGAGAUCUAGUUUGCCCGAAUUGUGGCAAGGAGGAGGUGCUCAUGGAUGAUCUUGUUUCAGAUGAGGAUAUGGUUUCAUCACUUCGUGCAUAUGACGCCGAGAAGGCGAAGGAGAAGGCAGAGAAGGACGAGAAGGCCAAGGCAGAGGCGCAAGCGGCUGUGCAAGCCACAUCAACAAAUGAAGCAAUUUCUACUGAAAAUGUCGAUAAUAAUGUUUCAUCCGCCAAAGCAACUGACACUGCUACACCUGGUGCGGGCUCCGAUUCUGAGGGGUCAACGACCUCGAAGAAGCGCAAAGACGCUCCUACCGACAUCAUGCCUCCUACCGCGCCAAAAGCAAUGCGCCAGGCUAAGGAACAGGCAAACCCGACUUCAGACCUCGAGGAGACCUUCAAGCAGCAAAUGGAGGCUCUCAAGAAUGGUCAAAUGCCUCCCAUGAUGCCCGGCAUGCCCAGCAUGCCCAUGAUGGGCGGUAUGGGUAUGCCCGGUAUGCCCUUCCCCAUGGGCCCGCAGAUGGGCUUCCAACCGGGUUUCAAUAUGCCCUUCAACCAGCAACAGCAGCAGUUUAACCCGCAAAUGGCCUAUGGCAUGCCCAUGAUGCCGAAUCAGAUGCAGCAGCCUGGCUUCCCACAAGGCCCGCAGGGUAUGCCGUUUCACCCAGGCAUGCACAAUGGCAUGCAGAAUGGGAGUGGCAUGCAACAAAACGAUGCGUAUGAGCGACAGCCGGUGAACAAUCGGAAUCGGAAUAAGAAGGCGAGGGCGCCUGACUACAGGUACCUUUGA